AUACAAUUAUCAGCCAUCCUUGCAUCUUUGUAAUAGUGGUUAACACUAGCAGCUCUCUCACCGUUUCUUCCAAUUCGCAUUUUUCUCAACUCAUUCGGAAGACAAAGAAAGCAUGGCUGGUGAACAGUUGAAGGGUAGAUGGUCUCUCAAUGGCAUGACUGCCCUUGUUACUGGUGGCACCAGAGGCAUUGGGCAUGCCAUAGUGGGAGAGUUAGCAGGAUUUGGGGCCACAGUAUACACAUGUUCAAGGAACCAGAAGGACCUUGAUGAAAGGCUGCAAGAAUGGGGAGCAAAGGGCUUUAAAGUAUAUGGCUCAACUUGCGAUUUGUCAUCAAGAACAGAAAGAGAAGAACUGAUGAAUAAUGUCUCUUCCACCUUUAAUGGGAAGCUGAACAUAUUGGUUAACAAUGCAGCAACAGUUAUCUUGAGAAGAGCUACAGACCUUUCUGCCGAAGAUUUUUCACGUGUGUUGGGAACAAAUCUCGAGUGUCCUUACCACUUGUGUCAACUUGCAUAUCCGCUUCUGAAAGCUUCAGAAGCUGGAAGUAUAGUUUUUAUCUCAUCUGUGGCUGGUAGCACUUCACUUCCAGGUGCUUCGGUUUAUGGAAGUUCAAAAGGUGCAAUCAAUCAGCUAAGCAAGAACUUGGCAUGUGAAUGGGCGAAGGACAAGAUCCGCGUCAACACUGUUGCACCACACGGAGUGCGAACCACUCGCCCAAAACUAGAGGACUAUGAUGAAACCAUUGCCCAACAGAUGAGGCCUAUAAUGUCUCGGACUCCUCUCCGUCCACUAGGAGAGCCAAAUGAGGUCUCACCACUGGUGGCAUUCCUCAACCUUCCUGUUGCAUCAUAUAUUACUGGUCAGGUUAUCCAUGUUGAUGGAGGAUACACAGCAGGUAGCUACUAGGAAAACAUCCCAGAAGGUUGAAUCUUUGUUCCAAAGUUUUACAGUCAAAACUUGAAAGGCUUGACAAAAUUGAUUCAAGGUAAAGAUAUGUAAGAACAAAUGUGUUAGGUUGUUUACAAGUGUGUUGCUCUACACCUUGUAUAGAUUCUUAUAUUUGUGCAUUUUUGUAUAAAUAAAUAGUAGGGACUUUGUUUUCCGUUAAAAGGUUAAAAUAUCAGCCAAGAUUUUUC